CUUUGGACUGACUUUGGAGGCUUUGGGCAGCUUCUUCGCUCCUACACCUGCAAGUCCUGCAUUUCCCGCAUACCCCUUUAAUCGAGCUCUCGCAAAAAGAUAUUCUCUCGCUGAAUUUUCGGUAUUUCUCCUGUCGAGGCUUUGUCCGUGUCACUCUUGGGUUCACAAGGGUAUUUAGGCUAAUCUUAUCUACCCCCCCCUCCAACUAUAAUCCCACCUCCUGGGAACCGAUAUUCAAAAGAGCUCAGUCAAUCUUCAGCUCACUCGCUCUACGCACUCGUCUAGCAAGUUGUUGCGUUGCUGCUCUCAGGGCCUGCAGACCAAAAUGACGACUCCUACCUUGAUUAAUCUCCCGCCUCCUCCAUCGGACCCGGUGACUCCGUCCGAGAUGGGACCGGGAACCCCCAACUCCACCACCACAUCUCUAUCUGCGCUGUCUACUACGGCCAUCAAAGACGGCCACCAGGGCCAGCCACAUCCUCACAGUCGCCAUGCGCACCAUUCCUCCUCCGCAUCCAUGAGCUCGACGACCACCUUGGAAGCUGAACGUGCCGAUCGCAUCUCCCGUCUAGCAGGCUUGGAACGGGUUGCAGCUGCAAGAGCCGGUGGGGCGGGCCAUCCAGCUACCGUCCCUCUUGCAUAUACCCCCGGUUACUUCGACAGCGGGCCCGGAAUCAAGGAGAGAAGCACCGUGGGGAGUGCCAGCGCAACAGGCAGCAUUGGCGCCCGCACGACAUGGGCUAGCGGCAGCGAUGCGUUCGACGCGGACAAGAUGAGCGAGGACCCGGAUGACGGUGUCUCCAGCGUGGGAAACAUCAGUGACGAAGGAGAUGCUAGUCUGGUUGGGUUCGGAGAAGGCGCCAGCACUAUAAGCGGACCAAUCUCACAUCCUGGACUGAAUAGAAUGUCAUCUGGUGGGAGGCCCGGUUCCAUCGGCAGCCCAACCCGGAGUCGAGCACAUCCCUUGCCCUUCUACUCCUCCCCACAUACAGCCGAGGGCGCCCCGAUGCAGCCGUCGGUGGUCUCCAGCGCGUCAGCAACUCCCGAGCCCAUCCACGAUGCGCGGUUGGUCGACGGAGUCACCUAUGAUCCGGAUGUGGUUGACACCACCGUGAGAACCCCUCGACUCGCCACCCCCGGUUAUUCGCACAGUGACCGGCGCUAGAAACGAGCACCUCGCGACAUUCCAGAGAGGUUCUGAAGGAUCACCGGCGUUUCCAUGGAGAGAUUGUUUCGUAUUGUUUAUUAACAGCAUUGGGUUCCGGGAGUAUAAUCACAAGUCUGGGAAUGGGAUCGGGCAGGGGGUACACACAGGUUUCAUGGGAGGACUCUUUCGAUCCUAGACGAGAAUUUGUAUGGGAUUCCUUGGUGGGGGGGUUUGUAGGAUAUUCUGUUAGCUCUGAAUUUAUUUAUUCUGCUUGUAUCCUGUUUGAUCUCGAGCGACAAAGGUAUUGAGGUGCAAUGAUUUUAUUUAUUUAUUUAUUUAUUUUUGUGGGCGAGCCGGAGCCAGAUCACUGUCUGUGGGAUCAGCAGUAGACGAGAUCCAACACCGUCACCAACGAGAUGAUGAUGAUGAUGAUGAUGACACACAGACUUUUACUUAGAAAUUA